AUGGGCAACACAUCCUCCAACCAAGCAGCCCACGCCCGCCCCGCCCGGCACGACUCCCCCGCCCGCCGCGCCGCCCAGCAGCAGCAGCCGGGCCCGCCGCCGUCCCCGCUCCCCCACCGCUCCCUCCGCACCAAGAAAAAGUCGCUCGAGCUCCCCGACCUCGCCUCGCUCUCGCUCACUCCCGCCUCCGCCUCCGCCGCCGCCGCCGCCCCGCACCGCCGCAUCGCGCCGAUCCCCAUCCCCGCCACCCCGAACCCCGCCCAGGGCGCAGGCUACCACGACCCCGCCCAGCCGUACACCCCCCACCGCCACCAGCUCACCUCCGACGACCUCCCCGCCGCCGCCGCCGCCAUGCCCGACGUCCUCGUCCAGCACGCCUCCACCCACAUCCCCAUCUACCCGCCCAACCAGCGGCCCAAGGGCGGCAACCCCUACUACCGCCCCCCGUACCCCUCCUCGCGCUCCAUCGCCUCCCGCCGCGCCCCCUCCUACCACGCCGCCGCACCCCCGCCGCCGCCGCCGCCGCACCACCAGCAGCCCGACUUUGUCCAGGAGACCGUCUACUCGACGAUCCCCAUCGCGCUCGGCAAGGCCGACGAGGAGCGCACGCGCUAUCUCUUCGACGACGACGACGAGCAGCCGGGGCCCUCGUCUCCCGCCCGCCGCAAGACCAGCCUCGACGCCGCCGAGCCCGUCCCCUUCCGCAUCACCUGGCGUGGCGGCGGCAACGAGGUCUUCCUCAUCCGCGCCGGCGACGACAACUGGGAGGGCCGCCAGCCCAUGGACAAAGAACCCGACGGCACAUUCUCCGCAACCGUCCCCCUCCCCCGCGGGACGCACCACCUCAAAUUCAUCGUCGACGGCACAACCCUGACCGCCGACGACCUCCCCACCGCCGUCGCCGACGACGGCACGCUCGCCAACUACGUCGCCGUCCCCCUCCUCCCCUCCUCCUCCUCCCCGCGCUCGCGGCCCCCGUCCUUCUGGUCCGACUCGGAGCGCACCGAGCGCCCCGACGCCGCGCCCAGCGACACCGAGACGUGGACGCAGGACGUGCCCGAGGCCCUCGUCGCCGCCGCGCGCGAGGAGGAGGCGUACCUCGCCGCGCAGAGCGACCCCGCGCGCCACGCGCACCCCACGCCCGCGCCGAACAUCCCGCCCGCGCCCGUCCUCCCGCGCUUCCUCGACAAGCUCAUCCUCAACGCGCGCCCCGGCGCCGACGCCAAGGACGAGCGCCGCAAGGGCGCGGGGCGCGCCCGCCAGCCGGUGCCGAUCCCGAUCACCACGGCGAGCGGGACGGAUCUGACAAGGGAGAAGGAGCGGGAGCGGGAAAAGGAGAGGGAGCGGGAAAGGGAGGGCAAUAGGGAGCUCGCGCUCGACGGGCCCGGGCUCGCGGACGACGCGAGCGUGCUCCCCGUCCCGAGCCACGUCGUCCUCCAGCACCUCAGCACGAGCGCGAUCAAGAACGGCGUCCUCGCGGUCGGCACGACCAUCCGGUACAAGCGGAAGCGCCAAAUGAGCGAUAUGCUGAUCGACACGCGUCUCUUCCGCGGUUUACAGUACCUCACCACGAUCUACUACAAGCCCAUCUCAUAG